CAGCAAAUAAAAGGCUUUCUGCUUAUUAUAUUGUAUAUUGUACGCUAGCUAGGCUGUUUGGUUAUGGUUUGUGCAAUAUAUGUUUUUAAAAUAUUAUAACCAUUUUUUGGAAUUCAUAUUUGAUUUUGUUCUUAAACAUGAACAUUUUUCUGGAGAAAUAUAUGUCACGUUACUUUAUUUACUGUUGUUUCAGUAGAAAUAAAUAUUACUUUUGCAAAAUUUUAGCGUUUUAUUACACACUACAGGCAGUUCCAUUGUGUACCAUAGUCAGUUUCAUUGUGUACUACAGUCAGUUUCAUUCUGUACCAUAUAAGGUUACACAAUGAAUCAAAUGCCGAGACGACAAAAAACACUGAAAUUACUCUUUCUAAUAAAACUGAAGCAUUUAUCUAUUUUAUCCGACUUUGCUAAACCUAAAGCUUUAGUUUAAAACAUUUACGAUCGGUAAGGGCUUAAACAGUCUUGCAAAAAAAAAUUGAACCAAAAAACUGAUCCAUUGUGUACUACUCUCCCCUACACCUAUAUGUCAUAUCUAUCAGGUGGAAGAUAACAAUUUAUCUUACAUGGAACUGAUUAAGGACUUGAGUUCUAUUAUAAUAUCAAUUUACUUUCAAUUAAAGUACGGUGACAACAAAAAUGAUUGCGGCAGCUGAAAAGUUCGAUGCAGAUAAAUCUGGCCACAUAGAAAUCAACGAAUUAGUGGAAAUGCUAAAAAGUGACGAUGACGUACCUAAAAUUAUUAGCAAAAAAAUAUUCAAAGCAGCCGAUCAAGACGGCAAUGGUCUUUUAAAUUAUGAUGAAUUUGAGAAAAUGGUACAAGAUGAAAAUUAUAGUGAAGUUUUUUCCAGAUAUCUUAACAUAUAUAUUAGAUACGUUUUGCCGAGAAAAAAAGCUGCUCUGUUACAAGCAGAUUCAUCGAUACCAGAUGGUAUCUACGAAGACAAAUACUCUUUUUGGCCUCCCCCCGUGGCUCUUAUACUAAUUACAGCAUUAGAAAUUACGUUUUUCAUAAUAGAUGAGGUGUCUAAGGAUACUGCUUCGUACGAUGAUGGACGUAUGUCCAAUAUUUUAAUUUAUCAUCCUUAUAAGCGGCAGGAAGCUUGGCGAUUUUUCACAUAUAUGUUCGUACAUAUAGGAUACAUGCAUUUGGUUAUUAAUUUGUCGGUACAACUAUGUUUGGGAGUACCUUUAGAGAUGGUACACAAAUGGAAAAGAAUAUUGGUCGUAUACUUUUCAGGCGUCAUUGCCGGAUCUCUCUGCACUUCAGUGGUAGACCCAACAACGUUUCUAGCAGGUGCCAGUGGCGGGGUGUAUGCUCUCUUAACAGCACAUAUCGGAACAAUUUGUAUGAAUUGGCGUGAAAUGGAGUUCCCCAUAAUUCAAUUGCUCGUUUUUCUGGCAAUCGUCUCAAUGGACGUCGGUACGUCAAUCUACAACCGUUACUUCUUGCACCUUGAAGAAAACAUCGGGUAUGCCGCUCAUUUCGGAGGCGCCUUAGCAGGUCUACUAGUCGGCAUAUGGAAUUUGAAAAAUUUCGCUCCCACCAAACGAGAAACGUACGUUUGGUGGUGCGCUUUGACUAUUUAUGUUAUGUUUAUGGGCACCAUGAUACUCAUGAACAUCGUAUGGAAGGAACACUUUUUACCCAAUAGAUGA